AUGUGGCGACUAGUGUUUUUAGUGUUUGUUUGUUUUCUUCAAUAUGUUGCUGGGUCUUAUCAGUGUUCAGCGAAUAGAACUGAGCUCAGCUGUACAUCGGAGAUGCUUGGCGAAAAUAGCACAAACUAUGACUUUUGUAAGAUUAAAGUUUAUCCAUCUGACAGCCAAGAGUGUGGCGCUAUGAAGUUUAAGUCUCUUUCAAACAACGUGAACGGGAAUAUAGGAGGAGUGACGCUCAAACCCUAUAUCAUGUCAGUAACUCGUGACGACAGCCUCGUGCCAUAUUCUGUAAAUCAUGCUGUGCUGAACAUAUCAUUUACUAAUAUUAAAUGGAAAACUAUGAAAUUUCGUUUCCAGAAUAAGUACCGUAACAUUAAGAACCACUGCCGUAAUAUCAUGAUAGCAAACGACUUUACAGUAGAUGAUAAAUCAGUACUUUACUACGAUUGUUAUUGGGCAAAAACCGAUGAAAAGGAUGGUCAAAGUCACAUGCUGGACUUCGAAGCGACUACAGAGGAUAAAAGCAUCAAUAGGGGCCAAUAUUACUUCAAUAUACCUACGGCUGAAAUGCUUAGUCCAACCACAACUGAAGAAAGAUGGAAGCCAUUUAUGUACGUUGAAAUUCUUCAAGACAGACUGAGAGUUCACAUCAUGCCCCCACCCCCCCAACUAGAAAUCAGAUCUUACCAGCUCAAGGUCGUCACAACAUGUGGCAAAGGCAACUCAUGUUCUGUAAAGUCUACCAAUUUACCCUUGAAGUAUAGGUCUGAUGAAGUCACCUAUGAUUAUAAUUACGUGGGGGUUAAUGGGUCAGUCAAUUUUAUAGUAACUCCUCUUCAUGACACAUGCACCCAAGAGAGUGAUGCUGGUUGUCAAGUCGUAUACAGUCCUAUUAUACUGAUAAGUAGUGAGCCUCCAAUGAUGAAUAUUUGCAUCGCAAGUAUAACCGCAUUAAUAGUGGCAACAUUGUUCGCGUACUACAUCGCUUUGCGCCUUAUCCGCCGUUACUGGUGCCAUGAUCACUACAAACAGGCUAUGGCAAUGGAAAUCCCUACACCACCAAAGAUAUUAGUGGUAUAUUCAUCAGCAAACCGCCUUCACGCCGAAUGCGUGACUUCUCUAAUCAACUACCUUCGUUCCGAAUACGGCUUCGACAUCAUGUUCGAUGGAGACAUUUGUAAAACGUCCCACGGCGAUCCCUACGUAUGGGCUGAGGAGGCCUUCCGACUAGCCACCCAUGUUAUGUAUAUUGUGGGCCCUAACGUCGAAGAAAUAAACUUCAACAUAUACGAUAAACCGAUUAUAAACGCGCUCAAAGACGUUGACGCGCUCCUGCUUUCAUUUAUCAAAGCUAGCAGAGUUUCAAAAUAUCCUAAAGAAAUUAUUAACGUAUUCUUUGAACAUUCCAAUGGUAGAGUACCGAUUGAGACCAGAACACCUUCAGCGUCAUUCAAGUUAUUGAAGGACUGGCAGAAAUUGAUAUCAUAUCUAUCGAAAGACUUGAUUCCUAAGAGACAUAUAAUGCGUACUGAGAGAGGAAGGUGCUUUAUUGAAAACUUGACUAGGGCUGAGAAGUUGUUAGGUGCGAACAGGGAUGACGUCAUCGUCAAUUGCGAAAAGGUCAAGAACUUUGAGAAGAAAAUAUUACUGUAA